AAGAAAAGGAAACAACCAAGAUCCCGUUCUGCUGUCAUCCAACUCCCCGUUGUUGUCCUUCUUUCUCUUUCAUCUCCUACCCCCGUCCUCUUCCUCUGUUUCUCUUUUUUUCCUCUCUCUCUCGAAACUCCUGUAGCCCUCCUCUCUCUCUCUUUCUCUCUCUCUCUCUCAGGGCUCAACCAACCCCACCACCAUCCUUGAGGAGGAGAAGAGAAGAAAAAUAAAUAAAAAAGAGAAGAGAGAAUUACCGGCGGAGAUGGCUCGGCUCUUUAGAGAGAAGGGAGCCCUGGGGGACUCCAAGCGAGAGACGAACGGCAGCUCCCUGAGGCUUUCGUCCACCGCCGCCAUGACCGCCGCUGAUCUCCCCUCCCCCUACGGCCAGUUGGGCUGCGGCCUCCUAGAUCCGGAGCUCCGAGAGACCGCCUACGAGAUCUUCGUCGCGGCCUGCCGCUCCACCGGCGGCAAGCCCCUCACCUACAUUCCCCAGUCCGAGCGCACACCGCCCUCCGCCGACCGAUCGCUGUCCUCGCCGGCGUCCUCGUCGACGCUCUCCUCCUCCUCCUCGUCUCUCCAGCGCUCGCUCACCUCAACGGCGGCCAGUAAGAUGAAGAAGGCACUCGGGAUCAAGUCGUCGAAGAAGAGCCCCGGCAAGGAGAGCAGCCCGUCCAAGGGCUCCAAGCGCCCGACUACCGUCGGAGAGCUGAUGAGGGUGCAGAUGGGGAUGUCCGAGCAGGCGGACUCCCGGAUCCGGCGGGGACUGCUCCGGGCUGCCGCGAGUCAGCUUGGGAGACGCAUGGAGUCCAUGGUUUUGCCACUGGAGUUAUUGCAGCAGUUCAAGGCUACUGACUUUCCUGAUCAACAAGAAUACGAAACCUGGCAGCUUAGGAACUUAAAGAUUCUCGAGGCUGGAUUACUCUUACACCCUUUUCGUCCAUUACAAAAAUCAGAUGUUUCAGCUCAGCGGCUAAGACAAAUCAUAUGCGGAGCUUCAGAGGGACCACUUGAAACGGGAAGAAAUUCAGAGUCAAUGCAGGUUCUACGCAGUGCUGUGAUGGCCCUGGCAUGCAAAGCUUCUGACGGAUUUGCUUCAGAUACAUGCCAUUGGGCAGAUGGUUUUCCACUGAAUCUCCAUCUGUACCAAAUGCUGCUAGAAGCUUGUUUUGAUAACAGCGAGGAAGGAUCAAUAAUCGACGAAAUUGAUGAGGUUCUAGAAUUGAUAAAGAAGACUUGGACUAUCCUAGGGAUAAAUCAGAUGCAUCAUAAUCUCUGCUUUACUUGGGCUUUAUUUCACCGUUUUGUUACAACUGGUCAAGUUGACAUUGAUCUACUGUUUGCAGCUGAUAAUCAGUUAGCUGAAGUUGCUAAGGAUGCCAAAGCAACAAAAGAUUCAGCUUAUUCUAAGAUAUUGAGUUCAACAUUGAGCUCGAUAAUGGGAUGGACAGAGAAGAGACUUCUUGCUUACCAUGAUACCUUUGAUCCUAGUAAUAUUGAAUCCAUGCAAAGUAUUGUUUCUUUAGGAGUAUCGGCUGCCAAGAUACUAAUGGAAGAUAUUUCACAAGAGUAUCGUCGUAAGAGGAGAGAAGAAACUGAUGUAGCUCGCAGCAGGAUUGAUACAUACAUUCGGUCCUCACUCCGGACUGCUUUUGCUCAGAGAAUGGAACAAGCAGACUCAAGCAGGCGAUCAACAAAAAAUCAGAGUACUCCAGCUCCAGUUCUUGCCAUCCUUGCAAAGGACAUUGGUGAUCUAGCAAGCAAGGAAAAAACGUUAUUCAGUCCUAUAUUGAAGAAGUGGCAUCCUCUGUCUGCAGGUGUUGCUGUUGCUACCCUCCAUUCGUGUUAUGGUAAUGAACUUAAGCAGUUUAUAACUGGUGUCGCGGAACUGACACCAGAUGCAGUCCAAGUGCUUAAAGCUGCAGACAAAUUAGAGAAAGAUCUUGUACAUAUUGCUGUUGAAGAUUCCGUUGAUAGUGAUGAUGGUGGUAAGUCAUUGAUCCGAGAGAUGCCUCCUUAUGAGGCUGAAUCUGCAAUCGCUAAUCUUGUGAAAACUUGGAUAAAGACAAGAGUAGACAGACUGAAGGAGUGGGUCGACCGGAACUUACAGCAAGAGGUUUGGAACCCUAGGGCAAAUAGAGAGAAUUGCGCUCCUUCUGCAAUUGAAGUUCUACGAAUAAUUGAUGAGACCUUAGAUGCCUUCUUUCAACUGCCUAUAGCAAUGCACCCAGCCUUGCUUCCAGACUUGAUGAUUGGACUGGACAGAAGUCUGCAACAUUACAUAUCUAAGGCAAAGUCCGGCUGUGGAACACGCAAUACUUUUAUCCCUGCACUGCCAGCAUUAACCAGAUGUGAGGUUGGUUCAAAGUUGUGGAAGAAAAAAGAGAAAUCACAAACCUUACAGAAAAGGAGAUCACAAGUCAGAUCAAUGAAUGGAGGUGAUUCUUUUGGCUUGCCACAGCUAUGCGUACGUAUGAAUACACUUCACCAUAUCCGAACAGAGCUGGAUAAUCUGGAGAAGAAAAUAAGAACUUGUUUAAGAAAUGUUGAAUCUGCCCAAGCAGAUAUAUCUAAUGGAUUGGAAAUCAAGUUUGAGAUUUCUCUAGUCGCUUGUCAAGAAGGGAUUCAGCAACUGUGUGAGACAACAGCAUACAAGGUGAUCUUCCAUGAUCUAAGUCAUGUUCUGUGGGAUGGCUUAUAUGUUGGUGAGACUGCUUCUUCAAGAAUAGAUACUUUACUGAAAGAACUUGACCCUAUUCUCGAGAUGAUAUCAACCACCGUGCAUGACAGAGUGCGAAAUCGUGUGAUAACAGCAUUAAUGAAAGCUUCUUUUGAUGGGUUUUUGCUAGUGCUUCUUGCGGGUGGCCCAUCUCGUGCUCUCUCUCGCCAAGAUUCUCAGAUAAUAGAGGAAGAUUUCAGGUCUCUCAAAGCCUUGUACUUGGCUGAUGGUGAUGGGUUGCCAGAGGAAUUGGUUGAGAAGGCUUCAACCCAAGUGAGAAAUGUGCUACCCCUAUUUCGCACUGAUUCAGAAAGCCUCGUCGAGCGGUUCAAACGUAUGAUGGCAGAGGCAUAUGGUUCUGCAGCCAAAUCGAGGUUCCCAUUGCCGCCUACUUCGGGGCAUUGGAGCCCAACUGAGGCAAAUACAAUAUUGCGCGUCUUAUGCUACAGGAAUGAUGAGGCUGCCACAAGGUUUCUUAAGAAAACUUAUAACCUCCCCAAAAAGCUGUGACCAGUUGGCGGAGUCCAUAACAGCUGUGGUAGAUCAGUCAGUAGUUGUGUGGAUGACUUUCUUGUAUGUACUCUGCAUAUCUGAGAUAUCAGCCUUGAUAAGAAUCUUCUCAAUCUCUUUGGUGGAUCUGAUUGCUUCAUGUGAAGCAUAUUACAAUUAUUCUAGUGCUGUACAGCAGAAAUACCUCAGAGUAAUGCUUGCUACGCCACAUUGCUACAGGACUUGAUUUACUUCAGGCAGGCUUCAUCCAGUGUAAUUUGACUUACCAAACGAGCAUCCGUUUGGUUUGUGAGGAGUUAUGAGGUGGAACUGGAUGAGCAUUCCCACGGUUCUUUCAUAGCAGCAGGAUCUCAUGGAGCCUAAAAUGUUACUCUCACCACAUUUAGAAGCAUUCUUUGGUUCGGUUGAAGCUUUUGGGUUUCGUCAUCACAUUCUUCUACUUUUAAUCUAUCUUUUACUGACUCUAUAUGCCGCUGAUAAGUUGAAGGAAAUCUAUUGUGAAUAAGUUACUGGAUAGCUUUUUUACUGCUUAUGCAUCGUAUAAUGUUAUGUAUCAAGAGAUCUAGAGUUUGUAUUGGGUGCCCAUUUAUAUAAUUCUCUAGUUUGAAUUUGUGGGA